CAAAAAUUACUAUACCAAGAUGGAGUAGUUGGCUGUGAUGGCGAGAUGUGAAAGAAUCAUCAUAUUAUACUACAAAAACUGAUACAACCAUUAUUGCUCUCUUUCCGUGUCUGUGUCUGCCUGCCUGGCGCUCACCGGAAAAUGGAGCAGGAGAAGAAGAAGAAGAUGCAGACCGAUUCUUCUCCCACAAUGGCUACGGGCAACAGCUCCUACAACUACGCCAACAACUCCUCUGCCCAGAGAAAAAUGACGGAUGUAAUGAAGCCCAGAAUCGAGGAACUAAUAGCCAAUAAACUGGACCUGGGUCGAUUGGCCGCCAACGACAACACAUUUCGGGUCGCGGAUCUAGGAUGCUCGAUCGGACCCAACACGUUCCUCAACGUCCAGCACAUUGUCGAACAAGUCAGGCACAACAAGUACCAGACCAUGAUCUCGACUCACUCUGCUGCCUCGUCGUCUUCGCUCCCCGAGUUCCACGUCUUCUUCAACGACCAGAUAAACAACGACUUCAACGCGCUCUUUCGCUCCCUCCCUCUGGAGCGAGACUACUUCGCUGCAGGAGUCCCCGGGUCGUUCCAUACCAGGUUGUUCCCCAAGUCGUUUCUGCAUAUUGUUCACUCGGCCUCGUCGGCGCAUUGGCUGUCGAGGGUGCCGCCGGAGGUGGUGGACAGAGGAUCCCCUGCUUGGAACAGGGGAAUGAUUCACUACGGGGAGUCUCCGAAACCUGUGGAGGAUGCUUACAGGGCUCAGUUCAGGAAGGACAUGGGAGGGUUCUUGAAGGCCAGAAGCGAGGAGCUCGCGAGCGGAGGGAUGCUUGUGCUCGUCUUCCCCGGGGUGCCUGAUGGGAUGCUUCAAUCCGAAACCCAAAUCAGCUCUGUAAUCAACUGCGUCAAUCUCAGCAUCCUGGAUUUGGUUCGUCAGGGUGUAUUGGAGGAAGACCAACUGGACAAUUUCAACUUUCCGGUGUACUUUCCGCACCCAUGGGAGAUGAGGGAGCUGGUGGAGGAAAACCAGAGCUUCUCGAGCAUCGAGCUGGAGGUGGUCGACCCGGAGGAAUCGACAUGGCUUCAGGGGGGAGUUGGUCUGAGAGAGUGGGCGGUCGCAAUAAGGGCAGCCAUGGAGGAACUGUUCGCCAGACACUUUGGAGGAGGAGAGAUCCUCGACAAGAUAUUUGAUGGGGCGAGUCAGAAGAUCGCAGAGCAUGCUGAAGUUAUUAUGAACACCAAAUGCAAAGAACUGCCUCUGUUGUAUGUUGCUCUCCAGCGCAAGUGACAUUGUGUUUGUCAAUGUGUGUUUUGAGUCUUUAAGUUCAAGUUGUUCAUUUGAGUCGCCCUGAGUAGUGUGUUUUAGUUGUUGAGAGCUUUCAGCUCAAGUUGUUAUGUGUUAGUUGAUCAUGGGAGCAGGUUGAUGCAAUUUAGAUUACAUGGGCAGUUGUGUUUGCAUUCAAACAUUCAAAUACAUCGAAAGUGCAAUU